AAACCACACACAUUAAGCCCCCAAAACCUGCUUCAGAGCAAACACAAAGAGAGAAAGAUCAAAGAAGAGCCGAGUGUGUGAGAGAGAAGAGACAGCCAUCCUUAGACAAUGGCUCUUAUUGCUGAUGAACUCAAGGCCAACGCUGAGAUCUACUAUGGUAAUGAGAUCUGCCAGCAAUGCACUACGCUCCUGCUGAAGGAAGCAGGCCUCCCCAAUGGUCUGCUUCCCUUGGAGGACAUCAUGGAGUGUGGCUAUGUUGAGGAAACUGGGUUUGUGUGGCUCAAGCAAAAGAAGAGGAUAGACCAUGUCUUCCAGAGUUUAGGAAGGGUGGUCUCUUAUGGCACAGAGAUCACUGCCUUUGCAGAGAAGGGCAGGAUCAAGAAGGUCAAAGGGAUAAAGACCAGGGAGCUCAUGCUGUGGGUCCCAGUAGAGGAGAUUACCCUUGAUGAACCAGCAACUGGGAAACUCAUCUGCAAGAGUAUUGCUGGGUUUUCUAAGACCUUCCCUGCAUCAGCUUUCCAUAUCCCAGAGAAAGAGAAUGAGAAGAUGAACUGUGCCGGGCCAAAACCAGUGGUGCUAAUGGAGAGAGCACCGCGAGUUGUUAAGAACUGAUCAUUCUGCCACCCACUGGGAUGCGGAUCAUUACCCGCCCUUCAAACCUAUAUAUGUGCCGAAAUAAUUGAACUGGUGCUUACUUUUUGCUUACGUGCUUCAAAGGUGAUCGCCCAUAGUUCUUCCUACAUAGCAGUGUAUGGCUGCCCUGGUAUUUAUAAUCCUGUGAGCCAACCGCCCAACGUCGUUUUAUGAUAUGCUUUCCCUUUCGCUUUACCCUUUUUGGGCCAGAGAAAAUACUAUUAUGAGAUCCUUUCGUUAAUUUCUCGUUUUUCCUUCUCAUCCUCAAAGAAACUAGAUGACAGAGCAUGAGAAUAAAUGUAUGGAAAAUUCAUGAUAGAUCGAAUGGUCUUUGUAACUAUUUAUCAUCUGUUGAGGUAAUAAACACCUCAGCAGGUGCAACAA